CCGCCGCUCGGAGGGAGAGAGAGAGAGGGAAGGCUGGUGGCUUAAGAUGGCGGAGGGAGACAGCGGGAGCGAGCGAGGUGGUGGGGGCGGCGGCGGUGGCGGCGGAGGAGGCGGCCUCCUGCCGCAGCAACAGCAGCAGGAGACCCAGGAACUGGCCUCCAAGCGGGUGGACAUCCAGAACAAGCGAUUCUACCUGGAUGUGAAGCAGAACGCCAAGGGCCGCUUCAUCAAGAUCGCCGAGGUGGGCGCGGGAGGCAACAAGAGCCGGCUGACGCUGUCCAUGGCCGUGGCGGCCGAGUUCCGCGACUACCUCGGCGACUUCAUCGAGCACUACGCACAGCUCGGGCCCUCGGACUCAGACUCGGGCGCCGGCCUAGGCUCGGAUGAGCCGCGGCGAGCUCUCAAGAGCGAGUUCUUGGUACGGGAGAACCGCAAGUACUACAUGGACCUGAAGGAGAACCAGCGGGGCCGCUUUCUACGCAUCCGCCAGACCUUAAAUCGAGGCCCCGGCUUGGGGGGCACACAGGGCCAGACCAUCGCCCUGCCGGCCCAAGGCCUCAUCGAGUUCAGGGAUGCGCUGGCCAAACUCAUCGAUGACUACGGCGUGGAUGACGAGCCGUGCGGCCAGGCCGAGCUGCCCGAGGGUACGUCCAUCACGGUGGACAGCAAGCGCUUCUUCUUCGACGUGGGCUCCAACAAGUACGGCGUGUUCAUGCGGGUGAGCGAGGUGAAGCCCUCGUACAGAAACUCCAUCACCAUCCCUUACAAAGCCUGGUCCAAGUUUGGUAGCGCCUUCAGUAAGUACGCCGAGGAGAUGAAGGAGAUCCAGGACAAGCACCGGGACAAAAUGCUCUUCGAGAGGCGAGCUGACGAGUCCGAUGGGGAGGAUGUGGACGACGACUGAAGCUUUUGAGUAAAAGACGAAACAAAUACAAAAACCACGAAAAUAGAGCAAAUUGUAUCGAUUGAGAAGAAAAGUUUUUUUUAAAAUGUUUUAAUGAAUAAAUUGGUGUGUCGAUUGCAAAGAAAGACGUUUAAAAAAAUCUUUAAAAGAACAAAUUGGGUCGAUUGCAAAGAAGAUUUACAAAACAAAACCUCGAGAAAAAGUUUUGAAUAGUAUUUUUUGGGAAACGCAGUUACAUAAGUAAAUGCAUCUUCUGAGGAAGAAGGAAAAUACUUGCGUUAAGUAUUUAUGCAUAUUCGUGAAAAGAGCAAAAAUGGGGCAAGCUCUUCUCGGAGAUGUUGGAUGAUCGGUUCGUUGCAAAAUACACACUGUUAUUUGUGGAAAAGCGUCGUAUCACUGAACCAUCAGCAAUUCAAAAAAAAUAAAAGAUUUGUUGGCGUAACCAAAAGUUUUAAAGGAAGAGAAACAAGUUACAAGAUAUGACCUCAACCUGGGGAGAAAAUGAUUUAAAGAGCCACCAUCAAGUCACUGAAGCCAGCAACACUUCGAAGUUCUUUUCGUAUAUUAAAAAUUCUUAUGGAAGUUUUUUUAAUUAUUUUAAAUACUGGACAAUCAAGAGUCAUUUUUAAAAUUUGUUUUCAUUCUAAAUAUUUCAAAUAUAUUUGAUAAAACUGUCGUUCCUGAUGUAGAAAAUUAAUGUUUUUAAAUAGAAUCAAAAAAUGGCUUGACUUAUUCAAUAGCAUAAUACACAGUGCUAGUUCCACAUGAGAUCUACUUCCAGGGUUACAUGUGACUGAAAUGUCUCCAUUAGAGAGUAAUAAGGCCCAUCUUGUAUAGUUAUGCAUUUCUUCCCCACCCCAGUGUUUUUUGUCAGUGUUAUGUGUAUUUUGUAUUUCUGUUGCAGUGUAAAUCAUCAAAAAUUCUGCCAGUGUGAACUUGUUACCCUUGUUGUAGAGACUGCAUGUAACUAGCCCAGGUGCUAUUGUCGAAAACAAACGGCAUGUCAAGCCCUGUAAGAGAUGCUCUAUAGUUUUCUGUUUUAGUUUUACUUAAGUCAGUUAUCCACGACGUACGAUCUGACUUUUCCAGACUUGAGAAUGUGCAUUUGCUUAUAAGUAGAAUAAUUGUAUAAAAAAAUUCACUGAACCACAAUUUCCCAAGAAACAUUAUUUAUGCAUACAAAAUUCUUUGCCAUUGGGCAGGAUAGAUGAGAACUAAAAUUAUUAACCAUAGCAAAAACCGGCGCAAAGGAAAGGGGUCAUUCAGCCGUUUGCUGUUUGUUUUUUCCAUUUUAUGUCGUGCAGGAAUUUAGGCUUUUAAUGUUAUUUUUUUUAAGCUGUAUUUAUUUAUUAGAAACAGUAAUUAUAUUUUGCAGUAUUUUCCCUCUAAAGACUCUGGAUUGUGCUAUUAGAGCAAAUAACUGGAGCAUUUUCCUGCCGAUUGACCCAAGUUGCUGGUGAGUCUGAUAUAAACAUUUGUCACAUAUUUGAAGAAUAUUGCAUUAUAUGUGCAUCCAUUAUAGGCCGCUCAUUAUUCUUUAUCUGCAAUAUAAUUUUAAACUGUUCAAUAUCCCCCUAAGUGAGCUGUCAAAGUUGUGAUGUGUUGUCCAAUUGCAUUUAAAUAUGAGUGGGGUUGGGAGGGGGGUGGUGUGAGUGCGUUGAAGGGUCGGAAUUAAAGCCAGGAUGUUCAGAUAUCACUUUUUGCAAUCAAACAGCUUUCAGUUUGAAUGUAUUCUGAUGUAAACAAUAUCUGGACUGAAAGAAAUAAUUAACCUCUUGCCAGCUAGCAAUCAAGGAUAACUGGGAGAAGCUGCUAGGCAAAAUGUGUAUGUGUGUGUAUAUGUAUAUAUAGAUAUAUAAUACUGGUGGUGAUGAGAAUACCUCCACCAGAUUGGUCCUUACACUUUGCAUAUUUUGGUUUCACAUGCUACUGAAUUGGUUCAUGGGUGAUGGAAAGUAAGUUGCAAAUGUCAUACUCGGUUUUUAGAUUUCAAUUAACACGAGAUAGCUUACGACAUCCAAUGACUGUAAAAUGAUGCUCAUUUUGAGUACCACAAUCACACCUGUUUGGUGCAGUGAUAUCACCCAGUUCCAAACAUGAUUGGACAAGGGUGAUAACAUUUGCUCUUAAUGUAGAGGGAAAUUUUCUUUCAUAGUGAGCUUGUGGACUAUAUUCUGUUUUCUGAUCAUCUGCUUGUCCAGUUUGUAGUGUCACUUUUGUUUUUAAAACUUACUAGAAAUUAAAAUAUCCAAAGUGAAAGGUCCACUUAUUUUCCACAGUGAAGAAAAUAUACCAAAAGGCAUGCUGCAUUGCCUCAUUUAUCAACCUCAGUAACUUUUCCACGAGCUCCAAGUGUUUCCUUGUAACAGUAAGGCUGCUAUUCCAUCCUCUGCAUUCGCAGCAAAGUGACAAUAUUGGGGGGGGGGGUGUGGGGGGGAUGCUGGUUUAUUUCUUCACGGUGGAUAAUGAAUUUUAAAAAGGAUUUUGUUAAUGUUGGGUUUUUUAACUUCCUUCUGCUUUUAUAGACAUAGGGUUAUAUUUUUACAAAAUUAACGUAGAUUCAUUUUAUGGCCUUUUUUUAAAAUUAAAACUCGUUGAAAAUUAUUGAGCCAUUGGGCUGUUUUACUCCAUUAUGGCUGUUGAGUUGCAAGGCAAUUGAGCUAGAUUGAUAACAUUCCAUGUUUUUUAGGCAUUGCUCCAUGAAAGAUGCUGUUAGAAUUGAUACAGGCAAACAUGAGAUUGGAAAUCCUUGCUUGUUUGAGUAGGUGCAAUGAAACGGGAGAUACUCUUCAUCCGUUGCUCAUUUCAUAGAAGUAGUAGUGCACUAACUAGGGGAAAUGAAAGCUGAGAUUUGUGACAUAGUGAGAGGAGCUUUCCUUGUGAUACUAUGGGAAUGCAAUCAUAAUCCUAUUAUAAUCUCUAGUGAAUGUUGGAUUUUCUCUCUACAAAUCUCUCUCCCAAUUCCCAAUGAGUGACCAUUUGCUGUAGUAGUGGGAGAUGUCAUUCUGGGUGGUACAGGUGGGUUUGAUCUGAGUUUGAAAGUACUGUUUUGACCUCGCCAUUAACGAGGCUGCAUAGAAAUAGGACUUGGGCAUAUCCACUUUCAGAAGAAAUAUUUUCAGUUUGUUGGUUCAUGGGCAUUUUAUUUGAGUAGUUUAGGAAACUUAACUUCCCAUAGUGAGAAGUAAUUCCAGAUAGAAACAAUUUGAUUAGCUAUGGGUCUGGAUAAAUGUCCAUUUCUCAUUUGUCCCACUCUUACAAUAUGGACCAAUUUAGACGUCAUGCGCAAUUAACAAAGCUAACUGAACUUCCAUGGUCCAGAUGCUGUAUAAAGAAACCGAUCAAAUUUGAUUGUCUUAAACUGUGUGGAAACAAAGCAGAACGAAGUUAUAUCUCUCAUUAGACAAAUCUUUUCAGAAUCCAGUUUAUGAAUGGAGGGAGGGUGGGGUUGGGUGGGGGGAAGGGAGAGUAGUAAACUUUGUAGAUAUGUGUACUUAAACCGGAAGUGAAGAGAGCUACAGUUAAAUUUGCUGUAUUUCAGAAGUACUGUAGCCCUUGUAUUGAGAACUAAUGUAUAGAAAAGGGUUUUGUGGUUAUUAAUGUUUCCCAGUCUUUAUGGGAUAGCGUGCUUUCAUCAUAAAUUGAAUUUAUAAGCAGAGAGGCCAUUGCCUUCACACACCAAAGUGGCUCCCUGUUGAGUAUUUGGAGUUGAUGUAGAGCUCCCCAGCCUGGUGCUUUAUUAUAAAUUAUCAAAAUGUGUAGCCAUAGCAUUUUAUUAAUAAGGUAAUUUUCCAUAGGUUGUUAAAAGGAAAUUGUGGUUAUUGGUGCAAAAUAUUGAAAAUACGUUUUUGAAAGAACCUAAUCAUUUCAGAUGUCCAUGCCUAUUUAUACAUAGUGCAUUUCUGGUUUGGACACAGCACUGAAAUUAAAAUUAUCCAUGUUAGUAUUAUUUCUGUUCCCCUGAAGUUAUUUUAUCUUAACUCCUGUGUAAGACUUUCCAAUCCUUUUUUUAGUUCUCUCAAUUCUGUGCUCAUCAGGUUGGGCUGCUAGUGAUUCAGGGUGAGGAGCCUCUUUAGUUUUUGUGGUUUGGCCAAUCUUGUGAUUAUCAUGAUAUGACCUCUGGCCAAUGCAGUGAUUAUCUCUCAUCAAGACUGCUUAGAAAUGUUUCCAUUCCUUUUGAGGGUGAGAUGCUUCUGUUUGCAGAUGGCUGGUCUGCUGUCUUGAAUAAAUACUCCCAAAUUGAUACUAACACAGGUUCCCCAUUCAACAACAGAUAAAACAUUUGAUUAGCUUUUGGUUGCUCUGCAAGAGAACAGUGAUUUAGAAUUUAGUCAUUUUCUCAUCAUGACAGAUGCCUCAACCUUUAGGCAUAAUUGCUGAGCAGUGACACAGACAUUUUGUCAUGAUGUCUAAUGAUAGUGAAGUAAGCUUUUACCUGCAUUUAUCAAAAUUGAUAAUGAAGUUCAGGCUUGAAAAAUAAUAUUUGUGCUGAAUUUUGACAUCUGGAGAGGCACCAGUACAUGUCGUUGGUGGAAAAGUAGCCUAGACGUGUAAUAAUAAGAGAGAACAGUUGAUGAAUUCCGGAUAUUUGUAACUAAAAUUACUUUUGUUUAAAAUUCUCUAGUUUUAAUUCUCUACUUUUCCUUCUAUUUCAAGUAUUUCAAAAUUAACUAGCUUAAAUCCAAUCAGCCCCUUUCCUUCUGAACUGUUCCUGUAAAGUCACAAGUUUUGAUGGACCAGUCCCACUCUACAUCUAUUAGAGUUGCAUUGGUUUGGCCUCUGUCACUGAGGAAUUGUCUAGAACCAUGUGCAUGGACCAAGAUGCUGCUGCAUUGUUUGAGUGUAUUGGGACAAAUAGUAAUUGUGAUAUCCGCAUUGUCUCUGAAAGCCCUGUUGCUGGUACUCUUUGGUUGAAGAUCGGGAGGGUUAAAUGUGAGCUAGUAACUGAAACCUCUUGCCCUGCAGCACUAAUACAUAAUCUAACUGUACAAGGUAGCAAUUCAGUAUAUGUGUUCACUGCCUUCUUUAGGGUUAAGACUCUGGGGUCUGCAUUCUUUGUUUUAGCCAUAGUUCGUUGAGGAUACUCAUCUUUAGCAUGGUGCUCCAGUUCCUUCCCAUUGCAUUGUUGUGUGAUAAUGAUAUUUUGCAAUAGAAAAGUAAAAUGGAUGCCAGAGUCCAGCAACUGCCUCGGUACUUUCCCGCUCAUUGGUCUCUACCAAUUGAUUGUAUAAACUACGUUUCCCUGUUUCCCAGGACCACUCCCACGUAAGCAAUUGGUACAAACACCCUGUACUCAAUCUUACUCAUGUAGGAGCAGCUCAUUUAAAUCAUACUUGCUUGUAUAUGGCAGCAAAAUAAAACAAGUUGUAUAUUAGCAGUCAGUAAAUGGUUAAAACAAUUAAACUGUCUUUAGUUUAAACCUGGAGGCAGUGGUCCUCAUUCUUGGAGAACAGAAAAUUUGCAUAGUUAAUGGUUAUGUCUUAAUUUUGUGAGUAACACUGAUAGGAAGGGGGGCACGUUAGUCAUGUAAAAAGAUAGAUAACAAACUGUUAUCUGUUUGCAUGGCAUGGCCAGAAACCUUCUCAGCAUUUUGAAAGUAGUCAGUACCAUUUAAGUUACCAGGUCCUCUAUCGUCAUGCUGGCGUACCAUAGUUUCCCAAGUUUUCUUGGGCCUACCCAGCUGAGUUGGUUUAAUAAAGCUGUGUGCCUAGCUACCUCUCUGGAUUCCUUAUGUAUUUCACUUGAAAAAAAAUGUACAGUCGCAUCUGCUUGUAUUGUUUUGCCAUGUACAUUAGACUCAGACUAAUGCAGUUAAAUUAGUGGCAAGAUUUGUGAGAAGUCAAUAGUUGCUUGGUGACAAAAAUGAUGAAUAUCUACAUAAUAUAGUUAAAUAUGUACUGUGAGUCUUUUUUAUAUAUAAUUUUUUUAAUUGAGUUUGUUACCCACUUCUGAUCAUUACAUGAUGUCUCUGAUGGUCCGUUUACUUAAAGGUCAAGGAAAAAGGCAGGCGUAUAUUUAACGGGAUGAGAUAAAAUGGCAAUGAUUGAAAACUUUGCUUUUAAAAUCGAAUGAUAUUGUCUGCUGACAAUUUGAAUUGUUGAUACUUAGGAAAAGGGGAAAACAUCAUGGCCUUUUUCAAAAUGAAUUGCUAAUCUUGAUUGACAAUCAGCAAGCCAGGCUUAUUUAUGUAUUUUGGUACCUGUCCCUACCUGCUGGUACUCCAGGAGCAAGUGCAUCAUUGUAGAAGGGCCACAAGUGGUUUGCUGCCCUCUAACUCCAACUCUGUCCUGCAGGCUGGUCGGAUAGUUAGAGCUGGAGUUAAUUCUCUAACAGCACAAUGCCAGAGCAUGCAAACUUCCAGGUGGUUAACAUAACUCUGGAUUAUCUGUUAGAAGCUAUGUUCAAAGGGUUUAAUUGUCCACAUUAUAUCUCUUACUCAGCAAGGUGAUUUCAUCCACUGGUAUAUUUUACAAUAAGUGUUGCUUUGGGCUUAUGAGGAUAGAAUUCACAUUGGGUUUCCAUAGUAGUGAGUAUGGGCAUCAGGAAGGGGACAAUAUGGGGAUCGGUUGGUUUUAAUCUGAAUAUCAGGAAAUUGGGCAAGCUGUAGGUGUUAAAGCAUCUGUGACCUGAUAACUUCCUUGCCUUAUGGAAGGGAAAGGAUUGAAUGUCCAGAAAGAAUGUUUUUAUAAAUAGCUGGGACUCUACCCACAUCCAUGAAGUUAAUGAUGAUACUUUAAUUAAAAGUAACUAACAAUGUGCAACCACUUAAUUAUUUUUUCAGUAGAUAAAGACCAUAAACUUUAAAGCAGGCUCCCUUCACCUUGCAGGUUGUGUGUGUGUGUGUGUGUGUGUUCUCACUACUUGGAGAAUCAUGUUUGCAUACGACCUUGGAUUAGUGAAUUUGGGUAGAUUUGUGUCCAACAAUGGUUGUAUAAAACUCACAAGCUAUUAGAUUUUGAUGGCUGGCCCAAAUUAUUUUGGCUCUUAUUUACAAGACUUUUGUUUAAACCUUAAACUUUUACUUGACCUUUAAAAUGGGCAUUUUAAUCACUUAACCUAAAAACACUAGUAGCUAUAAAAAAUUCUAUUUGCAACUUAUUUCAAGAAGAUUAAACUUUGUUUUAACAAAAUUGCCUUUUAAGUUCUAAUCUACUCAAUGUUUUGUUUGCUUGUAAUGUUUGAAGUGCCUACUGUGCUGAAUGGGAAAUUUAGGCUUCCAUAAAGCUUGGAUGCAUAGAGGAGUAAUAGGGCAUCUUUAUUUCUGUCAGUUGCUUUGUUCUUGCACCCACUUUAGCUUAAUGUAAAGAGAUUGCUGCAUUGAAUUAAGUAUUUCUAAAUUUUCUAUUCAUAGUGUGGUAACUUGAUCUAUGAAUGAAAGCAUGAGCUGAAGCCUGAUGCAACACAAUUUGGGGGAAGGGGGUGUUAUAGGGAAGGUCUUGUGGGACUAACAAGACAUCGUAACUGUUAAACUAUAGCCUGAUUGAAACAAUUAGUUAAUUGAAUAUUGGAAAUUUCUGGAUUUGUAUACUCAAUGCUAAAUGCAAUUUGAUAUACCUUCAAAUUGGUUGGGCAGUGGACAUUGUUGCUGUCCGUCUAUUUCCAUGUUUGAACUUCAAAUUGUAUUUGCCAGUUAAAAUCUAUUACAAACUGUAGAUCAUUUUGCCUGACAAAAUUUACUCUCUCCUACCCCAAAUGCCAGAAUUAACAGGCUCCUCCUGUUUGUAGGAACUUUUUUCAAACACUAACGUGACCACCCAGAUGAGUUGGAAGCAGCUAUUCUCGACUUGCAUUGAGCGCCUUGCACUUUAAUAUAGCUCGUUUUAGUGUUGCGUCCCUCCCACGUGCCGCCUACCGCACAUCCUGCCAUUGUUUGCAGGGUAAUUCAAAUAGCGUUAUGCCAAUAAACGUAUCUGUGCACAGACAAACAAUAAGAGCACAAGAGGGCAGAUUAAAAUAAAAUUGCCCCCGGUAGGGUAACUCAGGUGUGCAAGUGAACAGGCAUCGUUUAUAAUGGGAGAAAGAAGUCCUGACGUACGAGCCUGUCUUUCCAGACAAAUCUUUAUUUUUUUACAUGGAACAUUGUUGAAUUUGUGCAAAAUAAAAUAUAUUAUAUUCCAUUUGAAAUUUGAAUGAUUAUAAAAUACCACUGCAUUUUGAGGCUGGGGGAGUAUUUCCAGGUGGGUAAACCUACAAGACUACCCUCAGUCGCAAAAUUUAGCACAGUGCAGUGAACUACAAUCGUACUGCACGGGUCCAGUAGACCAGGGCAUUUGAGAAUUAGGACCUGACCAAGUUUGGUGGGAUAUGGCUAGGGUAGCUUGAGUGGUUUGGCCUUUGCAAAGAUGCCCUUGUUUAACAAGUGCCACUUAUUUAAACAAAACCAUAUGGUUUUUAAUAAAAAUUAUGUCCCGUUUUAUUCCUCCCUUUGACUGAAGUGGGAAUAAAAUCAAGAUCCCAUAUCGCUUUAGAUUACAAUUUUGUCCAAUUGGUAUCUGAUAUUAGGUCUUCAUUGCUUUUUGUUUUGUUAUGAUGGGUUAAAGGUAAAGGGAGUGAUUGCUACCAAAUUAAGCCUGUGGCUUUCCAAAAAAAAAGAAACCUUGUGGUUUUGAUGUGUUGCCUCAAAAAAAGAAAUCCUAAAUUGAGCAGUGACUUGCUGUUUGUAAAGUGUAUCUGAAGCGUAUUGUGCAUGAUGUUGCAUGGGGAGUGCACAGAUAUUAAUUCUGGGCUUGCACGCUGGUGUAAAUGAGUGCUGCCUGUUGAACAGUGUGCAGUAUUUAUUCUCUAACUCAAGUUUUUGUUAACAAUGAUCCAACUUUAUUUGUUACUAAUAAAACCGGCAUUACAAAGGAAGUGUUUCAUUUUCAACGAG